AUGUCAAGGUUCAAAUGGAGAGAUUUACUUGAUAUAAACUCACCGAAAAAGGCUUUUUCGUCCCCUCUCGCUUGCGUUGCGCAUAUAGAUGUGAAUGCAUUUUUCGCUCAAGUUGAGCAGAUCCGGUGCCAAUACAGCAGGGAUGACCCAGUAGUAUGUGUACAGUGGAACUCGAUCAUAGCGGUCUCUUACGCUGCCAAGAAGUUUGGCAUUAGUCGUAUGGACACUGUUUUUGAUGCCUUCAAAAAAUGUGAGGGCCUUAUGCCAGUUCAUACUGCAGUUUUCAAGAAAGGUGAGGAUUUUUGGCAAUAUCAUGAUGACUGCGGCUCCUGGCAUACUGACGAAAGUAAGAAACUGUCCCCCGAGCUACAUAAGGUUUCAUUAGAUCCUUAUAGGAGGGAAAGUAGAAAGAUUCUGAAGAUAUUCAGUGAAUGGUGCGAUUUGGUAGAAAAAGCUAGUGUGGACGAGGUGUUCUUGGACCUGGGCCGCAAUGUUUUUUCUCUGCUCCUAAUUGAUGAAUCUCAGAAGGGCUUUGAGUCAAUACGAACUCAAUUUCGAGAAGGAAGCUACGACUUGGACGACUACCUUCCUGGUGUUCCGAAAGACGUAGAAAUUAACAUUGAGGCCGGCGACUACAACCCACAAAAAAGAACGCUUUAUGAUGACUGGGACGAUGUACUAUUCUGCCUCGGGUCCACAAUUACCAAAAAAAUUCGGGAUCAAAUUGAAGAAGUUCUAGGUUAUACUACAUCUUGUGGGAUUGCUCGAACCAAGACUGUCGCCAAGCUUGCCUCAAACUUUAAGAAGCCAAAUGCCCAAACUAUUGUAAGAAAUUGUAAUAUUGAAGACUUCCUCGACAAUGAAAGCUUGGAGCUCACUUCUUUUUGGAGUAUGGGAGGCAUUUUUGGUAAGGAAGUGACUCAACUUUUGGACUUACCCAGCGAGAGAUCACUCAAGUAUAUCCGUGAUUCUUGGCCUGUCUCAAGUUGGGAACUAGGUGCGCAUAUGAGAGAGAAGAUACGUAAACUCAACUCUGGCAAAGAGAAGCUUUACAGCCUAGACGAUGCUCAAGUGCAGCAGAUGGCUGAUAAAAUAUUUCAACUUGCUCGAGGUGACUUCAAAAUGCCUUUUAACCCCAGGCCAGUGAUAAAGUCAAUGAUGUCAAAUAAAAACUUGCCAGGAAACUCCUGCAAACAUUACGUGGAUUGUUUGGCGUGGCUCGAGGUUUUCAGCGGAGACCUUAUUGGAAGAAUCAAGGAACUGGAGCAGGAGUAUGAAAGGAUAAUUGUUCCGAAGACUAUAACCGUUAUGACGAAAACGCGUAAUUACGAAAGACAUACUCGAAGAACAACUUUAACAGUGGGCGGUCAAGUGAAAUCGAAGGACUUAAUGGAGUUUGGUACCAAAUUGAUUCGAGAACUUGAAUCCCUGUACGGAGGAUCGGACACCUACUACCCAUUAACAGGAAUUGCUAUGUCCCUAUCCAAUUUUGAAAUUCACGAAACGGGGAGGACCAUUGUUGACAUGUUUGGGCGCCAAACACAAGUAGUCCGAAAAAGUGGCGAGGACUUUACUAAGCCUGAGCCCCAAAGCCAUGUGUCUUUCACAAAGUCACUACGUUGCGAGCCGUGUAAUAUAGAUUUUGAUGACGAAUCAUUGUUCAAAGAACACACAGAUUUUCACUACGCUCUAAAACUUUCUGAAAGCUUAAAUGGUGCUCAAGAAGAUUCCAAGAAUCUUUCACUCGGCGAACGCAGGCUACUUUUUUCCGGGAAGAAGAGGCCUGCUUCAAGCAUAAAGCAAAAUGAAAACAAAAAGAACUCGCAAUCGAAGAGCGGUAACAUUUACAAGUAUUUUUCCAAGUAG